CUGAUAGAUACAUAAAUAACAGCAAAAAGGUCGUCCAUCGUCAAACGGUAACCGAGUGCCGCGAAAUACAGACGUGAUUAUUGUGUGAUAAAAACUAAAUUGUGAUAUUUUAAAAAUGAAGUUGGCGCCAUUUGAUUUGAUGAAUGAAAAUUAUCAUGCGGGACAUUUGUGUUUGGAUACGUUCAGAAGUCGACCCGACGCUGUGUGCCAGAUUGACGCAGCCACAGGAGAAAGCGAGACAAAUGCAUCAGUUCUAGCUCGCUCAAUUCAGUUAGCAAAAUGCUUCAAAAAGCUGGGAGUGAAGCCUGGAGAUGUCCUCGCUUUGGGCGGAAGGAACCAUUUAGAUCUGCACAUACCGUACUAUUCAGCGCUAAUGACGGGCAUGCCUAUUGCUGGAGUGGACCCUAUGUUUAAAUACACGGAACUGAAGACGCUAUUGAAGAUCGCCCAGCCAAGAAUAGCUUUCUGUCAGAAGGAACUGUUGGAGGUACACGAGAAGAUUGUUGAGGAACUGGACCUGAACACGGAGGUCAUCUGCUUUGAUGAGGGAAGGCGGUCUCUGGCCAGUUUCAUCGAGAAAUAUGAUGAUAAAGAUGAUCAGGAGGAAUUUCUACCAACAAUAUUUGACAGAAACAAAAUAAACAUGUGGCUGAUCAGUACGGGAGGAACGUCAGGAGUCAUCAAACUAGCAGCUUUCACUCACACAGUAUUUUUGAGAAAAUUGGAACUUUUAGGCAAACUGUUCUCAACAAACUCACAGCACUUUACUGAACGCAAAGGCGAGAACAAGAUGGGUAUAAACCUGUCUCCAGUGCAGUGGGUGUCAGGUACUUUCAACGCGAUCUCCAUGCCUCUGCUACAGCAAACAAAGCUUCAAACUUCGAACCCACCAACAACAGAUCAUGUUAUUGAUAUGAUCAAUAAGUAUAAGCCAAUAUCUGUUUUCAUGAGUCCAAUCAUAGCAACUGCUCUGAUGAAGAGUGAGAAGAAAUGUGACUUCUCCUCCUUUAAUCAAGUCGUGUUAUCCGGAGGAAAAGUACAUAAGGACGUCCAUGUAGAAAUUAGGAAACGAGUAAGGCCAGGAGUCCCUGUAGUGGAGAUGUACGGUCAGACUGAGAACUUGGGCCCCAUACUUAUCGCCUGUCCCAACGGACCAAUCGGCAAUUGUGGAAAAUCUGGUCCUGGAGUGCCUGAAGUCAAGUUGGUGGAUCCAGAGACGGGUAAAGAAAUAACAGAACCAAACGUACCUGGAGAGAUGUGGACCAAGGGAGCCAGCAUGUCGGGGUACUACAAUAACCCAGAAGAGACUGCUAACGCCUUCUCAGAAGAUGGCUGGUAUAAGACUGGCGACAUACUGUAUAGAGACGAAGAAGGUCACUACUUCUUCGUGGAAAGACUGAAGAUGCUCAUCAAGUAUAGGAUGUACCAUAUAAUCCCUCCAGAAAUAGAGGCAGUUAUCCGGGAGCACCCUGGAGUUCAAGAAGUGAGUGUGACCAGCGUACCUCAUGAGGAUGAUGGGGAACAUGUCGUUGCUUGCGUGAUGAGGAGGCCAGGGUCCAACGUUACUGCUGAGGAGAUUAAGGAGAUGGUUGCUGAUAAGUUAUCUGAUUCCCAAAGACUGCGAGGCGGUGUGAUCUUCAUGGACCAGAUCCCCAUGACCUCCUCAGGGAAGAUUGCUAGAGGAAAACUGAGAACUUUAGUCCAAACACUACCCAGAGAAUAGAACAUUCCUAUUUGUAAAUAGAAAAAAAACCUCUAAUGUUUUAUUAUGAACUUAAGCAAAU